CUGAAGGCAAAUUUAUGGAAAAAACCAUUAAAUCAGGCACUGUGAACGAAAGUAGCGACUUCAACUUGCCGCGCAUAAGUGCCGCUCUGGAGCGUUUGAUUGGUACAAAUGUAGUGCGUCUGACGGACCACAAAUUUAUGAGCGAAUUGCGCAAACGGCUGGAGGAGGAGCACCGUAAUCAAUUGGAGCGACGCAUAACAGCAAGAGCGCUCCGAGAAGUCGAACGUGAACGUCUCCUAAUAAUCGAAGGCAAAACGGAUGAGAUACCCGAAGAACUGGCAGAUGAUCCAAUAUUUGUUGUUAACAAAAUUGCGAAUAAAGAAAUACAAAAAGAGCGCGCUAAGCUAAAAACGAAUCGUGAACGCAAUGCGGAACGCUUAAAAGCACAAGGCUCCAAAUGGGAACGUGAACGUCAGAAAUAUGUGGAAGAAGAACAACAACGCGUAGAGAAUAUUAAAGAGCGCAAUAAGGCGCAAAAUGAACUUGAAGACCGCUACAGAACCGAAGAUGCCGAACGAGGCAUGGACUUAUUGCGCAUAGACAACGAAGAAUGGCGCGAAUGUGAGCAGGAGCUGAAGCGAUUCCUUGAAGAAGAACGAGCAAAAAUGAAGGAACGCUCACUGCGUGUACCAACGCCAUUCACAUCGGACAAACUGGAUAUAAUUAAUAUAGUGAGGGCUAGGAAAAAAUUCCGUGAAGCCGAGCAACGCAUUGUGAAACAAUUAGAAGAGGGUGCUAAACAAACUCCCAAAGUUACUGAUACCAAACUUGGCAAGGAAUUGGCUGAGAAGACGGCUGUUAUACAAAAGCAUGUGCAAGACAUCAUACAAGCCGAAACCGAAGGCGCAGUUGAAUCCGAAGGCAAGGAGGUAAUCCGAGAACUAACCGACCGGGAAAAAGAGGAACAACUAAGACGAAAAUAUUUGGACGAUGCUUCAGAUAUUUCCACCGAAUCCGAGGUGCACGAACAAGGCAGCACCAUAAGCGAAUCGAAGCGACGACAUGCAGCCGAAUUGGAAGAUGAAAUGGAAUUCGAUGUGGAACGUGGCUAUCUAAUCUCCAAAACACAAUUUGAGCAGUUACGUUAUCAAGAUAAUAAAAUACUGCAGCUGCAGCAAGCAUCGGAUAUGCGCGAACUAUAUCAACUAGCUGAGGAGAUUAUAAUUGGCGAACGCAUCCAAGAGGAGGAGGUGGAGGAGGAAAUGGUUGAAGAAGAAGAGCAGCCAAUUGUGGAGGAAGAAGAGGGAGAAGAGGAAGCCGAGCUCGCAGAUAAUAAUUUCUAAAGCACAAACACACACGCAUACAUACACAACUGAAAGCAAGCAAAUAUAUUGCUGUUGUAAAAUUUUACUUGCUCACAGUAAAACGGGGGCGCUUAUUAGUAGCUGGUAGCUGAAAAAGAGUAACAGCUUUUAAAAUGUCAGACUUAAUUAAAUGCAUACUUUUGUAGCGUUGGCUUAGUGGUGAAAUGUGCUUAGUUCACUUUUAAAUGAAAUUAUGACUUUUAAAGAAAUCUACGUGGAAGCACAACAUUUCUAGGCGUAUUUUAAAGCUUCUUCUAACCAAGCAAGCGCAUGGACUUAUCGCUUUUAUACUUUCGGCUAGCGGUAUUAUAUAGUAAUACUU